AUGGAUUGUUUAGUUUGCUGUUGCUCAGUUUAUGAUACCAGGGUUUCUUUUUUCACUCGACAUGCAUCCCUGGUAUCUCAUCUUACCUCCAUUCGCGUUCAUCCAGUGGCUUUGACAACACCUGAUUUCCGUCUUUCCUUUUUCAGAUAUUCACCAACGGUCCUCAUUUCGUCAAAGUUUUCAUGGCGUAUAUCAUGUGACGCCAUACCCACAAAGCAGUCACAGAUAAACCCACAAGUAGAAGAAUCGAGACAGCGCCGCCAUAAUGCCAUGAAACAAUUCUUGCUUAAGGAAUGCCUUUUUUCUUCUUCUCAAAUCACAUUACUGAUAAGCAAAGACCCCGGACUCUUCAGAAGAAAAUCCACAGACAGUGCCUAUCAGGCACUUCAGUUGCUCAGAGACUCUGGAUUCACUGUAGAGCAGAUAAGGAAAACUAUUAUCAGAAGCCCAACUAUUCUUAUUCGUUCUGUUGAUGACCAUUUGAAGCCUAAAAUUGAAUACUUGAAAACAAUAGGGAUAGCUGAAGAAGAUGUGAAUCAUAUCGUCUCCCACCAUCCCAGACUUCUUACUUUCAGAUUAGAUGAAACUAUUGCUCCGAAAAUCUUAUCACUGAUCAAGUUUUUUGGGUCAAAGGCUAAUCUAUUUAAGGCCCUCAGGAAGGCACCUGCGAUUGCGUCCUAUGAUGUUAAAGUAUUGAAUAAUAAAGUGAAGGUUUUGGAAAACACAGGCCUCCUAGAGCAUGAGAUCAAACGACUUCUUGAAAGGAACCCUCGAAUCCUUUGCUGCUCUGUAGGUAAGAUAGAGAAGACUAUGGAGUUCUUGACAUGUAUUGUAGGGUUAAAACCAAAUGUUGUUGUUAAAUAUCCCAUAUUCUUAAACUUUAGUUUAGAGAAGAGGAUGAGGCCACGAUAUGAGGUGUUUAAGUAUCUAAAUGCAUUGCGAGCUCGCCAUGACCUUACAGCCGGUCUGGUUACAAUUCUGACAUUAAGUGAGGGGGAUUUCACUCAAAGGUUUCUAUCCGGCAGUCCUGAUGUCAAAAUGGUAUAUGAAAAGUACAAGGGCAAGACUACGGAUGUUGAAGUAACCAACUCACCAAAGAUAAUUGAACGGUGAUUUCAAGUGCAUCGGGUACUGUUUUCAAGAUUACAUAGAUAUCAGCAUCUCUGACUUUAAUCAGAUUACAGCCAUUUGUGUAUUCUUGAAGUAUCUUUUGGCUAAGCUGUUACAAGGAGGAGGAUUUAUUCUGCCAAAAAACACCACAGAUUAAAACUGAUCCAAUUUCAUAUUCAAGAUUUGAAACUUGGUAGAUGACAAUCAUUAGAGCUGGAUGUUAUUUUUACUGUCAUAUCUAUGUUCAGAAUGCAGUCCUCAACACUGAUACUUACAGUGAGUAGUCCAUAGAAGCAGAUCGAGGCAAAAACUAUUGUGAAUGCAAUCCUCAACAUUGACAUUUAAAGUGAGAAUUUACUUUAUACUACAAUACUCAAAUUGGAUAUGAUAUUGUAUAAUUAUAUUGUUUAUUUGUACAAAUAAACUCUUUUGUAUUGUGGUAUCUUUGGCAAGGGAAAAAGCAAUAUGAUCUGUAAAACCAAACAGCUCAGUGGCAUUGACUUAUAAUAUCUUGAAUCAAGAGAGGGUUUUGAAUCCCUAUUCAUCA